CGCGGCAAAUGUAAAAUGCUGAAUUGUGUCAACAAAAGUGAAAACGUUUUCCACAUUUCUUCUGUCCAAGAAAGUAAUUCAGUCAAUUAACUUAAAGUCAAUUGAUUCUCCAAACCGGAAUAUUCAUCAUCCUCAAACAUUUGAAAACCUCCCAAGUCGACAAGGAUUUUUCUUCUCGCGUGAUAUACAAUUAUGGAAUCUCAACGGGAAUGGACAUUGCAGAAUAUCGCACUAAAUAAUCCCAUCAUUUUGACGGAAAUAUUAAAACAGGCCUCCAUCCCUCUGAAAAAUUGUCGACUCGUUUCCCACUUCUGGAAUCACAUCGUCCUCUCCAUUCCGAACACUAGACUCGCCUUAAACCCCAACAAAAAGGACGCAGAACAUGGGGACUACCUCGUUCCAUUUUUCGAAAUCUGUUCCACCUUAGACCCCCAUCUUGCUCGGCGAAUUAGCGCCAGGACACUAUUUUACAGCAGGACCACCACCUACUCUUUCGCCGCCCAGCUGACCUAUCUAUGUGGCAAAUUUAGCGACCAGAUCCAAGAUUUGGGGGUUAUCAUCCAUCACAAAGAAUGUGUACAAGUCGUGUUCCAAAUUUUGAAAAAUUACUGCCCAAACUUGAAAACAUUACGAAUCAGGUGCGACUUCAACGAAGAAGGACAUGUUCCCAGUGGAGAAAUUCUGCUGGCGAGACUUCCACAAAAAACAUAUUUGACCGUUUUCCAGCUACAGGCCGGAGGGGUCAGGCCGUUUCUGACUCUAACCAGUUUCACUCAGCUGGUCUUCAACGCGUCGCCAAACUUGAAAAAGAUCACCCUUCCAUUGGGAAUCUAUCCGGAUUUGAAAUAUUUUAAAUCCUUGGAUUCCUUAACCCUCAAACUGAACGACGGUCAAGAACUAGACGUCGCUCUGAUCAACCUUAAACCGUCCGAUCUCACACGGAUGCUGGCUCAAGUUGGCGACCAACUCGUCCACCUCGCUUUUUCAUAUUGCUGGAUGAAUGAGGGAUAUAGCAUGCAAGUAGACUACGAUCUCGAUAACUCGACCCGAUCCCGAUUCCGUUUGCCGAGAAGGAUGCCGAAACUGCGAAUCUUCAAGAACGAUAUGAUCGACAUUAUCCAGCAUGCCGAUUUCUGGCAAGACAUCGUAGGAAUGCCAGCCCUGGAAUCGCUUAAGAUUGGAAAGAUAUCGAAAAAGUCGACAAGUGUUGAUGCAGUUUUUAAAAAUCUGUCAGAAACGGGGCGGAUUUAUUCAAAAGUUACGGAUUUGAGGAUUAACGAGUUAUACGAUCCUAAACUUCUGGACGGAUUAAAGACGGCGUUCCCUAACUUGAGGAGACUGGGAUUGGACUCGAUGUACGAGACGGAGGUGGCCGGGAUGGAGUUGGGCGUGGUUUUUAAGGCGUGUGCAGAUUUGGAUACGUUAAACCGUUUGGAUUUGUGGCUGCCGACUUAUCCAGAACGAGUGUUGGAUGUCAUUAAGGGUCUGAUGGAUGGUAGUAAAUUUUACAAAGAGAUGAAUAGUUUAGAAAUCAGGAAGAACGGGUCGAAAUUUGUGAGACAUGAGUUGACAGACGGUGAGAUGCAUCUAUUUAAGAGGCUGCUGGUCACGAUGAAAGAAAUGGGUCGCGUCGUCAUUCAUGAUCUUCACUUUGAUGAGAAAUCUCGGAGAAAUUUGUUGGAUUUUAUGGCGUCAAGCGAAAUGCCCGUGUCACAAUUUAAGGUUGUGAUGUAAGGAUUCGGAGCAGAUAAAACGUAUCGACGACGACCGGAGUAAACCAGAUUUGUAAAAGUUUAUGAGCCUACAAAAUUUGAUAAUUAUGCAAUUGUUUAUAGUUGCAUAAUUUUAUGAAUUAAUUGUAUUUAUUAAACUAUGUAUUUAUUACUAAAUAAAUCUCCACUUUUAAAUAUUCCA